AUGUCCAUCCUGCACACGCAGUGCAGCUUGGUGCGCUGUGGCACCCAGCUCAAGAUCCUCUCCCAGUUCGCGCGGUCGUCGUCGCUGCUGAUGCCCACCGUGGUCGUCCACUCCUUCUGCUGUUUGUUGGCGUCCCCUUUCUGGGAGGCUUGGGUGGGGGCGGCCGGCGGUUUCGCGACGAGCUGC